AUGAAGGUCAUAUUCUUUUUAUUCUCAUUUCUUUUUUUUAUUAUAAAUACAAGAUGUGUAACACAUCAAAGUUAUCAAGAACUUGUUAAAAAACUAGAAGCUUUAGAAGAUGCAGUAUUAACAGGUUAUAAUAUAUUUCAAAAGGAAAAAAUGGUCUUAAAGAAAGGAUCAAAUGGUUCAGAUGAUUCAAAUAAUUCAAAUGCUAAACCUUACAAUGAUUUAAAAAAUAGAGUACAAAAUUACUUGUUAACUAUUUAUAAACUUAAUUAUCCUCAACUUUUAGAAUUAGCAAAUCAUAUGAUGACUUUAUCUAAUAGCGAAGAUGGUUUGCAAUAUUUAAUUGAUGGAUAUGAAGAAAUUAAUGAAUUAUUAUAUAAAUUAAACUUUUAUUAUGAUUUAUUAAGAGCCAAAUUAAAUGAUGCAUGUGCCAAUGAUAUUUGUCAAGUACCUUUCAAUCUUAAAAUUCGUCCAAAAGAAUUAGAUAUGCUUAGAAAAGUUGUCUUUGGAUAUAGAAAACCAUUAGACAAUAUUAAAGAUGAUAUAACAAAAAUGGAAGCUUACAUUGAAAAAAAUAGAAAAACCGUAGAAAAUAUAAAUAAAUUAAUUGAAGACACUAAGAAAACAAUUGAUGAAAAUAAGAAUGCAAAGACAAAUGAAGAUGAAAAAAAAAAAAAAUUUUACCAAGCUCAAUAUGAUCUUUUUAUUUACAAUAAACAAUUAGAAGAAGCACAUAAUUUAAUAAGUGUUUUAGCAAAACGUAUUGAAACUUUAAAAAAAAAUGAAAAGAUAAGUCCUUUGCUUGAAAAGAUAAAUGAAAUUAAAAAACCCACCCCUCCCAAUUCUGGUAGUACACAAAAUGAUCUCUCUGAAGAGAAGAAAAAAGAAGUCGAGAAGCAUGAAGAAGAAAUAAAAGAAAUCGCAAAGACCAUCAAAUUCGAUAUUGAUAGUUUAUUUACUGACCCACUCGAAUCUGAAUAUUAUUUAAGAGAAAAAAGUAAAAAUAUUGAUAUAGGUGCAAAGGUUGAAACGAAUGUAGUAGUUGAAAAGAAUGAAUAUCCAAACGGAGUUACUUAUCCUUUAUCAUAUAGCGAUGUGAGCAAUUCAUUAAAUGAAUUAAAUGAAACAUUUGGUGAUUUAAUUAAUCCAGAUGAUUAUACAAAAGAACCAAGUAAAAAUAUAUUUACGAAUAAAGAUGAAAGAGAAAAAUUUAUAACUAAACUUAAGGAGAAAAUUGCAUUAGAAGAAAAAAGUAUUGAUUCUGUUAAAGAAUCUUACGAUAAAGGAUCCGAAUCUUUUAAGGAAACAAAAGAAAAAUAUGAAAAAUUACUUAAUGAGUUUUAUGAUAGUAAAUAUAAUAAUAAUGUAGAUAAAACGAAAUUCGGUGAUAUGAUGAGUGCGAGAUAUUCAUAUAAUGUUAAGAAACAUGAAUACUAUAAUACUUUUGCAUCCUGUGAAAAUUCUAAACAUAAUCUUGAAAAGUUAAAAAAAGCUCUUAAAUAUAUGGAAGAUUAUUCUUUAAGAAAUAUGGUAGCUGAAAAGGAAUUAAAUUAUUAUAAAGAUUUAAAAAACAAAAUAAAAGAUGAAAUUAAAAAAUUAGUUGAAAAUAUUAAAAAAGAUGAACAAGAAGUUUUUCAAAAAAAAGUAACAAAAGGAGAUAGUACAACCAAUGAAAAAAUUUUGGAAGUAUCUGACAUUGUAAAAUUACAAGUUCAAAAAGUUUUAUUAAUGAAAAAAAUUGAUGAAUUAAAAAAGACUCAAUUGGUUUUAAAAAAUGUAGAAUUAAAACAUAACAUACAUGUUCCCAAUUCUUACAAACCAGAAAAAAUGCAAGAACCUUAUUAUUUAAUUGUAUUAAAAAAAGAAAUUGAUAAAUUAAAAGUGUUCAUACCUAAGGUAGAAUCAUUGAUAGCUGCAGAAAGUGUUAAAACUGCUGGACAAACAGAAGAACCUUCGGACACUUCUGAAUCAUCAAACACUGGGGAAACAAGUGUACAAACAACUGUACACACUGAACAAGCAGGAGCUUCAGGAGAAACAGCAUCAGCGACAGAAUCAAAAUCACAAUUAAUAUCAACACCAACAUCAGCACCAGAAGGUUCAACAACAAUAUCAACAUCAACAUCAGCAGAAAUAGAAUCAGGAUCACAACCAGCAACAACAUCAGCAUCAACAGAAGUAACAACACCAGCAUCAACACCAGUAACAACAAAACCAGCAUCAGAAUCAGUAAAUGAUAAAACUGAAAAUGUUUCUAAAUUAGAUUAUCUUAAAAAAUUAUAUGAAUUUUUAAAUACUUCAUAUAUAUGUCACAAAUAUAUUUUGGUAUCACACUCAUCUAUGAACGAAACUAUAUUAAAACAAUAUGAGAUUACAAACGAUGAAGAAAAGAAAUUAAGUUCAUGCGAUCCAUUAGACUUAUUGUUUAAUAUACAAAAUAACAUACCUGUAAUGUAUUCUAUGUUUGAUAGCUUAAACAAUACUUUACCACAACUACUUAUGGAAAUUUAUGAAAAAGAAAUGGUUUAUAAUUUACAUAAACUUAAGGAUAAUGAAAAGGUUAAAAAUUUAUUAAAUAAAGAAAUGGAACCAGUACCUAAACCUGUAGAAACUGCUGCAAAUUCAUCAUCACAAUCCUCACCUUCAACAGAUUCAAGUACCAAAGAAGUAAAGGCAAGCGAUGAUACAUCAUCUUCUCCAACUUUGAAUAAUAAUUUAAAAGGACUUGCAAGUUUAUUGAAUCUUGGAGAAAGAAAAAAUAUAUAUGAAAAAUUAAUAGAAGAUCAAAAAGAUAGUGAAAAUUUUUAUGAUAAAAUAUUAAAAGAUAAUGAUACAUUUGAUAAUGAAUCAUUUAAAAAAUUUGUAAAAUCUAAAGCUGAUGAUAUUAAUACAUUGACUGAAGAAAAGGUAAAGAAGUUAGAAGAAGAAAUUAAGAAAUUAAAAGAAACUUUACAGUUAUCAUUUGAUUUAUAUAAUAAAUAUAAAUUAAAAUUAGAAAGAUUAUUUGAUAAAAAAAAAACAGUUGGUCAAUAUAAAAUGCAAAUUAAAAAACUUACUUUAUUAAAAGAAAGAUUAGAAUCAAAAUUGAAUUCACUUAAUAACCCAAAUCAUGUAUUACAAAACUUUUCUGUUUUCUUUAACAAAAAAAGAGAAGCUGAAAAAACAGAAACUGCAAACACAUUAGAAAACACAAAAAUGUUAUUGAAACAUUAUAAAGGACUUGUUAAAUAUUAUAGUGGUGAAUCAUCUCCAUUAAAAACUUUAAGUGAAGCAUCAAUUCAAACAGAAGAUAAUUAUGCAAGUUUAGAAAACUUUAGAGUAUUAAGUAAAUUAGAAGGAAAAUUAAAGGAUAAUUUAAAUUUAGAAAAGGAAAAAUUAUCAUUCUUAUCAAGUGGAUUACAACAUUUAAUUGCUGAAUUAAAAGAAGUAAUAAAAACUAAAACUUAUACAGGUAAAUCUCCAAGUGAAAAUAAUAAAGACGUUAAAACUGCAUUAGAAUCUUACAAAAGUUUUCUCCCAGAAGAAAAAAAGGUUGUAACAACUGUAAGUGAAAGUGCAGUCACCACAUCAGAAGGAAAUCAAGCAAACCAACAACAAUCAACUGGUGAAGGAUCAGAAUCAACAACACCAGUAAAAUUAGAAAAUUUCGAUGAUGAAGAAGACUCCUUAAUUGUCGUACCAAUUUUUGGAGAAUCCGAAGAAGAUUAUGAUGAUUUAGAUCAAAUAGUAACAGGAGAAGCAGUAACUCCUGUAUAUGAUAAUAUUCUUUCUGAAAUUAAAAAUGAAUAUGACGUUUUAUAUUUAAAACCUUUAGCUGGUGUUUAUAGAAGUUUAAGAAAACAAUUAGAAAAUAAUGUUAUGACAUUUAAUGUUAAUGUUAAGGAUAUUCUAAAUUCCCGAUUUAAUAAACGUGAAAAUUUUAAAAAUGUUUUAGAAUCAGAUUUACUUCUAUAUAAAGAUUUAACAUCAAGUAAUUAUGUUAUCAAAGAUCCAUAUAAAUAUCUUAAUGCAGAAAAGAGAGAUAAACUCUUAAAAAGUUAUAAUUAUAUUAAAGAUUCUAUAGAGAAGGAUAUAAAUUUUGCAAAUGAUGUUACUAAAUAUUAUAAAAUAUUAUCAGAUAAAUAUAAUAAAGAUUUAGAUUCAAUUAAAGAAUAUAUCAAAAAAAAACAAGAUGAAGAUGAACAAUAUAAAAAAAAAAAGAAGGAAGAAGAACAAAAGAAAGAAAAGCCAAAUGAAGGAGAAAUAAAGGGUGAAAAUGAGAAAUACCUUCCCUUUUUAAACAAUAUUGAGACCUUAUAUAAAACAAUUAAAGAUAAAAUUGAUGUAUAUGUAAUUCACUUAAACGCAAGAGUUCUAAAUUAUGCAUAUGAGAAAUCAGACGCAGAAGUUAAAAUAAGAAAACUUAAUAAUCUAAAAACAAUUCACGAAAAAUUGGAAGAAUAUAAAAAAGCUAACAAAUUAGAUGGAAUAAGUGAUUUAUCAUCUGAUAAAAAUAGUGAAUUAUUGAAAAAGUUCAUUCAAGAUGGUUUAGUUGAUGAAAGUCUUGCUAAGACCAUUUUAUCCAAUUUACUUGAUGGAAACUUUCAAGAUAUGUUAAACAUUUCACAACACCAAUGUUUAAAUACUACAUGCCCUGAUAAUUCAGGAUGUUUCAGACAUUCAAAUGGUACUGAAGAAUGUAAAUGUUUCUUAAAUUUCAAACAAGAAGGUGAUAAAUGUGUUCAAAAUCCAAAUGCUACUUGUGGUGAAAAUAAUGGUGGAUGUGAUGACGAUGCCACAUGUUCUCAAAAUGUAGAUACUAAAGAAAUUACUUGUAAAUGUAAUAACCCCAAUUCUUAUCCACUUUAUAGUGGUAUUUUCUGCAGUUCCUCCAACUUCUUAGGAAUAUCAUUCUUAUUAGUACUCAUGUUAAUCUUAUACAGCUUCAUUUAA